AUGCCUCUCAUUCAGAGCGCCGCCGAUGCGCUGCCUUACAUCGACGAAGCGCCAUCUUUGCAAGCACUCGAGGCUGCCAACACCCUCAUCCAGGCCGAGUUGGACCCAUCCAGCGCCAACACGUUGCACCCUUCAAUACCUGCGCAGCGCGAAAGCAAAUUCUCCGACUUCAUCACCGCCGAACACGAGCGCAUUGCUUCAGGCCUUCCGAAAGACGGCGGCCUCGACCUGAGCCGAUACGAACUGCUCGAUCCUCCAGCGAAAGGAGACCUGAAUGCCUGGAAGUCCUCACUCUCGAAAGCAUAUGCAAGCGCAGAAUAUCUGCGCGGCCGGGAGAUCAACCUAAGCUUGCUCGAGACGUACGGAAAGAAUGCUUGGUUGGUCGGAAAUAGCCAGCUGGAAGAUACGUUGAAGAUUUUGGAAAAGGAGUUGGAACAAGCCAAGCUGGAUCAAGAGCAGGUAGAGCAGGCACGACGGGCCAUUCAACACAAUGCGGCCGGCGAGAUGCAAGGCUUGGAUGAGACAUGGAGAACGGGCGUGGGCAGGAUGAUUGAGGCUCAGGCUGCUGGCGAGAGGUUGCGACUGGAGAUUUUGGAGCGAAAGAGGCAGGGCGCGUCUUGA